CGUUAUGUCAUUCCGAUUCGAAACGUCUUUUGAUAAGCGCUUGUCUGUCUGUCUGUCUCAAAUUCAAGCCCUUCCUAUUUGAUUACCUUCAUACAAUUAUACGUCACACCAGAUGAUGUUUCUCCGUAACCACAAUUCGGUCGGUGGUGCGAUAAGAACCGCGGUAGUGCUUCAGGAUCUACAGUUUAUCGUUUCGAAUAAAAGCAGUGCAUUGACCGGUGCAGUAUCCAGUGUCCAUCGUCAGCAAAUAAGAACAAUGUCCUCUACAUCCAACGAAACUAUGCACAAUAAAUUUGACCUUCCGAAGCGCUAUCAAGGAAGCACCAAGAGUGUCUGGGUGGAAUACAUUCAACUAGCCGCCCAGUACAAACCCUUGAAUCUUGGUCAAGGGUUCCCGGAUUACCAUGCGCCCAAAUACGCCCUUGAUGCCUUAGCCGCUGCGGCAAACAGCCCCGAUCCGCUGGCCAAUCAGUACACGAGAGGCUUCGGUCAUCCCCGCUUGGUGCAGGCGUUGAGUAAACUGUACUCCCAGCUGGUCGAUCGCACCAUCAAUCCGAUGACGGAGGUCCUGGUGACGGUCGGUGCCUACGAAGCUCUGUAUGCGACCAUCCAAGGACACGUCGACGAAGGCGAUGAGGUGAUAAUCAUCGAACCAUUUUUCGACUGCUACGAGCCGAUGGUGAAGGCUGCUGGUGGGAUUCCCAGGUUUAUACCGCUGAAGCCGAACAAAACCGGAGGAACCAUCUCAUCUGCCGACUGGGUACUGGACAAUAACGAACUGGAAGCCCUAUUUAACGAGAAGACGAAAAUGAUCAUCAUCAAUACUCCGCACAAUCCUCUGGGGAAGGUAAUGGAUCGGGCCGAGCUGGAAGUGGUGGCCAAUCUGUGCAAGAAGUGGAAUGUUCUCUGCGUCUCGGACGAAGUUUACGAGCAUAUGGUGUUCGAACCGUUCGAACACAUCAGAAUUUGCACUCUACCCGGCAUGUGGGAACGGACAAUCACGAUUGGAUCCGCUGGCAAGACGUUCUCUCUAACCGGUUGGAAAAUUGGAUGGGCGUACGGACCGGAGGCGUUGCUGAAGAACCUCCAAAUGGUUCAUCAGAACUGUGUCUACACGUGCGCCACUCCGAUUCAGGAAGCGAUUGCCGUCGGGUUCGAAACCGAACUGAAGAGGCUCAAGAGUCCCGAGUGCUACUUCAACAGCAUUUCCGGGGAACUGAUGGCUAAGCGGGACUACAUGGCUAGCUUCUUGGCCGAAGUGGGAAUGAAUCCAACCGUUCCGCAGGGAGGUUACUUCAUGGUGGCGGAUUGGUCCUCGCUGGACUCCAAGGUGGACCUAACGCAGGAAACUGACGCUCGGAAGGAUUAUCGGUUCACCAAAUGGAUGACGAAGUCGGUGGGCUUGCAAGGCAUUCCUCCGUCGGCUUUCUACAGCGAGCCAAACAAACAUUUGGGGGAGGAUUUCGUCCGUUACUGUUUCUUCAAAAAGGACGAAAAUUUGCAGAAAGCAGCCGAAAUCCUACGCAAGUGGAAAGGUUCAUCGUAAAUGAUAAAAUCACUUUGUGCCUAGCAUUUGUUUCUCAACAGGGAAGUAAAACUAAGAAGGAUCGUACACAUAUUUGAUUGUAUAAUAAAGAAUUGGUUUUGUUUUAUCAA